AUGUCAAAGUUGGGGUUUGGUGACUGCCUAUUCAAAGCUGAAGUUGUGACUGAUAAGGUCGUAACACAGAAAUGGGAAAGCUGCAGUACAAACUUCAGUCAGACCUGGAGUGAGGCGCAGCGACAUGUUCAAGAACCCGCACACAAGUACAUAGAAAAACAUCAUUUAACAGCUUUAUACAUGUACACAAGUUUGCUGCAACCUGUUAACCAUGCCAGUUCGGCAAAACAAAAGAAAGCGUUUGGCUCCUGCUCGCUUUAUCUUUUACUAAGUGAAGCCAUUCAAAUCCUCAAACACAGUCAGGUGACAUGUCUCAACACAUAUUAUAGAACAGAGACACUUGAACAUCACCUGAACAUCUCUAACAAACAGGUUCACUUCAACACCUUCAUAUUAGGUUCUGAUCAGAAGAACUUUACAGGGAUUGCUUCAUGUUUCCAAGUGUACUCAUGUUUUGGUGCCAAUGUAACACAUUACUCUGCUUUGAAACAAAAUAAUCAGGUACUCAUUCCGCCCUAUGAGGUUUUUAAAGUCACUGACAUCCAGACAGAAACAAAGGGAUGUAAAGUCCUUUACAGACUCAGGAGCAACCUGGACUGUGUUUAUGACCAAGAGAGGGAUGUGUUGCAUCCAAUAUCUGCAGCACCAGUGGGGGGAUUUUGGAUCACUUUAACCAUUGCUUGUGUUGUUAUCAUUUCAGUUCUGCUCCCCUUUGUUAUUGUGAGGGUGCGCCAUAAGAGGACUGCUUUAUUUUACGGUGCUUCGUCUUUGCAUAACAGCCCAGAAAUCGCUCUGAGACCUGCAUUAGGCUAA